AUCAAACACCAGCGGAACCUUUUAUUGAGGGAGAGUUGCGACCCGGCCGUAAAUAUGGUAACACAGAGUAUUUCCUCCAUGCGUGUUUUCAGGUUCCAGCUGGUGGCGUGAUGACAUUAUCGGUGCUGUUUAGCAGGUUUUUCAAUAACGUUAAUGUUCGAAUAGUUCAUAAUAAUAAUCAUAAUAACUUUAAAGUCUAUUGCGGGUUUUUUGUGUCCAAAAUGGCGACAGAAGUGUCCAAGUAAUCUACAAAGUUGAGUAAUUUUGUGGACAUUUCUGGCAAAGAGGAGUGUGGUUGGAUCUCCUCACGCUGAGCUGCCAUGGAGGGUUUGGAGGAGAAGCUCAAAGGUCUGUCCAUCGCCAGGCGGUCUCUUCCGGAGGAACCCACCUACCUGCUGGACGUGGCCCUGCAGCAGCCGGCCGGCCUGCUGGCCGUGUCCUGCUCCAACUUCACCGUCCACCUUCACAACAAGGACUCUCUGAGCCUGCUGGGAGAGUACCGGGGCCACACUGGGCCCCUUUGUGGGGUUGUUUUCUCCCACGCGUCCCCUGACAUCCUUUACUCCGGUUCUGCUGAUGGGACGGUCCGGGGGUGGGACGUGCGCCGCCCCGGGACGGAGGCAGCCCAGGUGUUUAGAAGCGACCCGUCACACAGCUACUGCAGCUUGGACCUGAGCUGCAGCGACGCGCUCCUGUGUGCCGGCACCGAGCAGGUCAACGACGAGGACAGCUUCCUGGUUUUCUGGGAUGUCCGAAAGCCAGGUGGUGGCCUCCUCGGUGUGUAUUCUGAGUCACACAGUGACGACAUCACACACGUGCGCUUCCACCCUCGAGAGAGAGACCGCCUGGCGUCCAGCUCCACGGACGGCCUCGUGAAUGUGUUUGACCUGAGCCGGGGAGCGGAGGAUGAGGCGCUGCUCGCCACCUGUAACAGCGACUCGUCGGCCGGCUCGGUGUGUUGGUGCGGCGCCGACUACGCCCAGCUGCUGUGCCUCAGCCACGACGAGGGGCUGCACCUGUGGGAUCUGGGUCAGCUGGACACAGACGAGCCCCUCACCGUCUUCAGCACCGCCGACGCCCGUGGCGUGGCUCUGCUGGCCAACGGGGGAGGCGUUGAUUACCUGGUGGGGGGCGGGUGGUUGGAGGAGGCCCAGAAGCUGCUGGUGGUCGGGGGGGAGAACAGCGGGGAUCUCCACCUGAUGGAGUGUGACGGUGGGGGGCUUCGCCUGCUGAGGACCCUGGGGGGCGGCCACGCCUCCACGGUGCGCUGCUUCCUAUGGGACGCGGCGGGGGAGGCUCUGGUCACCGGGGGAGAAGAUGCUCAGCUGUUGCUGUGGAAACCAGGAGGGGAGGAGCUCAGCACAGGGAAAAGGAAGUCGAUGAAGUCCGAAUCAGCGUUGAGCCUCAAAUCCAGGCCGCAUAAAAAACACGGCUACCAGAAAGAAAAGAAGGAAGCCAGACAAGCCGCCGUGUGAGUCGUACUGACUGGGCUCUGGGGGGGGGGCAGCUCUACAUUUGAGUUGUGAGAGAAAACAUAUUUAUUCUUGAUGUCGACACAUAAAGAGUAUUGAAGGUUUGGUCACAUUACAUUAAAGUCCUAAAUAAUUGCGAUUUAACAAUGUAAUUGAGUCUUGCAGUCAUAUUUAACAAUAUUUAUUAUACAGCUAUAAAACAGAGCUCCUGCUUGUGGCCCUCAAGGUGCUCCAGAAGGUUGGAGAUCUCAUCCUGGAUGUUGAUGGGUGCGCCAUCUGCCCAUCCUCUGAGGUCCUUGGUGUAAUCCUGGACUCCACCCUCUCUUUCCAUACUCAAAACAAAUCCAUCACCAAAUCAGCCUUUUUUCAUCUUAAAAACAUCUCCAGACUCUGACCAUCACUCUCUGACUCAGUGGCAGAAACCCUCAUUGACGCUUUCAUAACCUCCCGUUUGGACUACUGCAAUGGAGCCCUGUCUGGGGGCCCCAGCAAAACCCUAGACAGUUUCCAGUAUGUCCUAAACUCUGCCGCCAGGGUCCUCACCCACACCAAGACCUGGCAGCACAUCACCCCAACCCUAAUCUACCUUCACUGGCUCCCAAUUAAGUCCUGCAUCACAUAUAAAAUCCUCCUCACCUACAAAUCCCUCCAUGCCCUGGCCCCACAGUACCUCUCUGACCUCCUCCCUCCAUACACCCCACGCUGUCCUCAGACGCUGGCCUACUCUCCAUUCCCCACACCAGACUCUGUAGCUUUGGAGACAGAGCCUUUAGUGUUGCAGCCCAUCCCUCUGGAACACCUCCCUGUACAUAUCCUGAAAUACUACAUCCCUGGACAUAUUUAAAAACUCCUGAAGCACCAGCUGUUCACCACAGCCUACAACCUCCUUCAGCUCCGCCACAGUCAUUCUGUAAAGUGUCCUUGGGUUUCAUGAAAAGCGCUAGAUAAAUAAGUUAUUUUUAUUAUUAUGUGAAUGUGUAAUAACACAGCCUAUGAAGUAAACUGCACCCCUUAAGUGCCAACAACUAGCAUAGCUUUAGCUCAACAGUCCAACCAAUAAUGAGUUAUAUAAUUACAAACUGGCAUAUCUAAACAAAAUCAACAAUUACCAUCAACAUCCAUACCCCUUCAUACCCUUUAAUUUUAUUACUGAGCUCUUCAAGAGAAUUAAAUGAAAAACACUAUGCUUUUUACUAAAAAGAAUAAAUAUAAAGUGGGAAUUUCAAAAUAAAAGUGCAUCUUAAAGAUGAUAUUUAUCGAUAUUUUCUAUUUGAUCAUUGAAAAUACAUAUCGAUCUAGAUUGAUGUGUCUUUACACCCCUGAUAUGUGGUGAAACUGAAUGCUGCUUCUCCAUGUUUAGUUUAGGUAGCGUGCAUGAAGACCUGCAUUUCCCUGAUCCAGAUUCAAUAUCCAGAUACAGAUUGCAUGUUAAUGCAAGGCGGAAAGUAAACUACCCCUGUGUCUCAAUUCCGUACUGCAUACCAGAAGGUUUGGGGUAUGAAGUAUGUUCACGCUGAAGACAAAACUAAUGCUCAAGGAUGUAAACUACUCAGAGCAACCCCAGGAAGAUCUCCGAAAAACAAAACAAAUCAAAUCAACAAGUACCAGUACCCCUACCUCUAAGUGUUAUAACCAGUAUAUAUUAUUAAUAGGAUUUUCUUUAUACCAAACAGGCUGUAUAUCAUGUCUUAUUGGGGAAAAACCAAGCAAUUCUAUCAGGCACUGACACACACACAACCUCACACACACACACUUGACCUCCGUGCCGAGUUUCAGCCUCCUAGGGGGGUGAAAAAUCACGGCUGCUAAAGUGUGGGGAGAUAUUUGUCGGCCAACAGAGCGUGCUAUAGAGCCACUGGUCCUAGAAAAUGAUU